CUUGUCCAUGUCUCUGUAUCUGCGGAUACCUACCGGCUGCCGAAUGCAGCUGUGAUGCGACCUCCUGCUGUCGCGACCGGGACAUAUAAAUCAUCUCUCAUGAGACGCUCCCUCGCUCAUGGCUCUCCCCUUCCAUUUCCUCUCGCGAUCAGCAGCCCUUCAUCCACGGCCAACAGCUCAGGUCCAAGUUUGACCCACCUGUCAAUUUGCUGUCAAAGACUCGUUAACUCGUGUCUUUCGCUAUCAUCACUCCCAGAGCCUCUUGUACCCAACCUCUGGUUCCUCACCCCGCUCCAGAAACUUUCCUCCAACUCAAGCCAUGAGUAACGCCGGAGGCCUUCAGGACGAUGUCCUGGCCAAGGCUCACGUUCCCCAGGCCACUGUGCAGGGCACCUCGAAGGAGACUCGCGGCUCAUUCGACGUGACCGCCGCCGCCGCCCCUCCUCUCGAAGACAACUACUACGACUCCAAGUCCGACGAUGACUACGAGGAUAAGCCCACCGAGGAGGAGUUGAACACGCUUCGCCGUGUCUCGGGUCCCAUUCACUGGGGUAUCUACACCAUCGCCUUCGCCGAGCUUUGCGAGCGUUUCUCGUACUACGGUUCCUCCGUCUUGUACACAAACUUCGUCAUGCGCCCCCUUCCUCCGGGUUCGACGACCGGCGCCACUUACGGCGCUGAUAUCCCCGCCGGUGCUUUGGGCAUGGGUCAGAGAGCCUCUCAGGGUGUCUCUCUGGUGAACCAGUUCUGGGCUUACCUCGUUCCCCUCUUUGGUGGUUGGUUGGCCGAUUCCAAGUUGGGCCGUUACAAGGUCAUUCACAUCGCCAUCGUCGUUUCGACCGUUGCUCACAUCAUCCUGACUGUCGCCGCCGCUCCCUCCGUCAUCUCCAAGGGCAAGGUCGCCUUUGCCCCCUUCUUCCUCGGCCUCUUCACUCUUUGCUGCGGUACUGGUCUGUUCAAGGCCAACAUCUCUCCCCUGCUCGCUGAGCAGAACAAGGACACCCGCAUGCGCGUUGAGACACGCGGCGGCGAGCGUGUCAUUGUCGACCCUUCCGUCACCAACACCCGUAUCUUCCUGUGGUUCUACUUCGCCAUCAACUGCGGUGCCGUCAGCGGUCAGAUCUCCAUGGUCUUCGUUGAGAAAUACCACAGCUUCUGGCUGGCCUUCCUCCUCCCCACCAUCCUCUUCCUGAUCUGCCCUGUCGUCCUCUGGUCCAACAAGAAGAAGUACCACCUCACUCCCCCUACCGGUUCCGUUCUCGAGAAGUUCUUCCGCAUGUCCAACUUUGCUGCGAAGCGCUCUGGAGGCAUCACCAAGCUGAACUGGGAGAAUGCGAAGCCCAGUAACGUCCCCGUUGCCGAGCGCCCUGGCUGGUUGACCUAUGACGACGCCUGGGUUGAUGAAGUCCGCCGUGGUCUGAAGGCCUGCAAGGUCUUCCUCUUCCUGCCCAUCUUCUUCCUCGCCUACAACCAAAUGACCAACAACUUGACUUCCCAGGCCGGUUCCAUGGUCCUGAACGGUGCUCCCAACGACGUCAUCCAGAACCUGAACCCCCUCUCCAUCAUUAUCAUGAUCCCCAUCCUGGAUCACGUUGUCUACCCCGGAUUCCGCAAGAUGGGCUUCAACUUCACUCCCAUCAAGCGUAUGACCACCGGUUUCUUCUUCGCCGCCGCCGCCAUGGUUGCUGCUACCGUCAUGCAGCACUACAUCUACCAGAUGUCCCCUUGCGGUGACCUGGCCACCAUCUGCGAGGAGGGCCCGGCUCCCAUCAACGUCUGGGCUCAGUGUCUCCCCUACGUCUUUGUCGGUCUCGCUGAGAUCUUCACCAACGUCACCUCCUACGAGUAUGCCUUCUCCAAGGCCCCUGAGAACAUGAAGUCUCUCGUCAUGUCCGUCAACUUGGCCAUGAGUGCUGUCUCCGCCGCCAUUGGCCAGGCCUGGACUCCCCUGUCCGAGGAUCCCCUCCUCGUCUGGAACUACGCCUCCGUCGCCAUCAUCGCCUUCCUCGGCGGUGUCGCUUUCUGGUUCUGCUUCAAGCACCUUGACGGUGAGGAGGAUGAGCUCAACCAGCUCAAGAAGACCAAGUUCCUUGGCUCCAACCAGCCUACUGCCGCGGCUCAGGACGAUCAGGUCGCCCAGGCCCAAGUUGCUGAGAAGGUUUAAACCACCUAUACACAGAAAUGUUCAUGCUCUGCUUCCUGUGGAGGAGCGUGUGUAACCUCAUUUGGUUGUAUGAUUUCCCGCGUCAAAUGAUUCCCCGGCAGUUGGUCUUGCGGACUAGCUGUCAAUACUCCUAGUUAGACAAGUGCACGAUAAUGCAUAUAAUGAAGAUACCUAUUCCCCAU